CUCCCUCACACUCCAUUCAUACACACAGACAUUCACUCACACACACUAUCUCUCACACACACACACACACAGAUCCACGCGGAGCACCUGCCCAGGUGCCGCCAUGGACCAGGAGGGGAACGUGACGAGGACAGCUAGAAACAGAGGGUGGUUACCGUAGUAACCGGAUCACUCCUCUCCUCUUCACCUCUGUGCCUGGUGAUGCUGUGUCUCUCCAUCCGGCUUCUCUUCUAUCACUUCUAGAUGCACUACCUCUACACUGACAGUGGAUGACACAGAAACAGGAGGAGCUGGUUUCUCAUCUUUUCAUCCUAACUGAGGAGGGAACCUUAUUCUCCAAAACUCUCCUUGUCAGGACGGAACUCUUUUUCCCUUUCCUUAUCUUUUUCUCUGAGAUCGUUGGCUUCCACUUCCCUGGGAUUUCUACCGUUUUUAUUCCGCCAUGGCUCACGCAGCCUCCGCAUUGAAGAAGAACCGGGAUGUGGAUGUCAAUGCUAUCGAGGAUGAGAAAGAAAAGAAAAGGAGAAUUAAGAAACUUGCGUCCCGGGAACAAAAGAGAAAGUCGGACAGCAAUGCCAGUUACCUGCGAGCAGCGCGGGCUGGGAACCUGGAAAAGGCCCUGGACUACCUCAAGUCUGGGGUGGAAAUCAACAUCUGCAACCAGAAUGGAUUGAACGCUCUUCAUCUGGCCUCUAAGGAGGGUCAUGUGGAGGUGGUGGCUGAGCUGCUGAAGCUAGAAGCCAAUGUGGAUGCAGCAACCAAGAAAGGAAACACCGCUCUUCACAUAGCCUCCCUGGCCGGCCAAACGGAAGUGGUGAAAGAGCUGGUGACCAAUGGAGCCAAUGUCAACGCACAGUCUCAGAAUGGCUUCACCCCGCUGUACAUGGCUGCCCAAGAGAACCAUCUGGAGGUGGUUCGCUUCCUCCUGGAACACAACUCCAGCCAGAGUAUGGCCACCGAGGACGGGUUCACCCCCCUGGCGGUGGCUCUGCAGCAGGGACAUGACCAGGUGGUGUCUCUGCUCCUGGAGAACGACACCAAGGGCAAGGUGCGUCUGCCCGCCCUGCACAUCGCCGCCCGCAAGGAUGACACCAAGGCUGCAGCGUUACUGCUCCAGAAUGACCACAAUGCAGAUGUAGAGUCCAAGAUGAUGGUGAAUAGAACGACAGAGAGCGGCUUCACUCCUCUCCACAUCGCUGCUCACUAUGGCAACAUCAACGUGGCCACGCUUCUGCUGAACCGAGGGGCCGCUGUGGAUUUCAUGGCCAGGAAUGACAUCACACCUCUCCAUGUGGCAUCUAAAAGAGGAAAUAGUAACAUGGUCAAACUGCUGUUGGACAGAGGCUCCAAAAUAGAUGGCAAGACCAAGGACGGACUGACACCUCUUCACUGUGGAGCGAGGAGCGGUCAUGAACAAGUGGUUGAGAUUCUGCUGGACCGCGGAGCCCCCAUUCUGUCCAAGACGAAGAACGGGCUGUCCCCUUUGCACAUGGCCACUCAGGGCGACCACAUCAACUGUGUCCAGCUACUCCUCCAGAAUGACGUCCCCGUCGAUGAUGUCACCAAUGACUACCUGACAGCGCUACACGUGGCUGCCCACUGUGGACACUACAAAGUGGCCAAGCUCAUAGUGGACAAGAAGGCCAACCCUAAUGCUAAAGCACUGAAUGGCUUCACCCCACUUCACAUCGCCUGCAAGAAGAAUCGCGUCAAAGUGAUGGAGCUGCUGCUGAAACACGGCGCAUCGAUCCAGGCUGUGACCGAGUCUGGACUUACUCCUAUUCACGUGGCAGCCUUCAUGGGACAUGAGAACAUUGUCAACUCUCUGACACAUCACGGAGCUUCGCCCAACACCACCAACGUGAGGGGUGAGACAGCGCUACACAUGGCAGCACGGGCAGGUCAGGCAGACGUGGUGCGAUACCUGCUGCAGAAUGGAGCUAAUGUGGAGACCAAGGCCAAGGACGACCAGACGGCGCUGCACAUCUCCAGCCGGCUGGGGAAGGCCGACAUCGUCCAGCAGCUGCUGCAGCGGGGGGCUUCUGCCAAUGCUGCCACCACGUCAGGCUACACACCCCUCCACCUGGCUGCCCGCGAAGGCCACGAGGACGUAGCCGCCAUGCUGCUGGACCAGGGUGCAUCGCUCUCAGCAUCCACUAAGAAAGGGUUCAGUCCUCUUCAUGUGGCAGCCAAGUAUGGGAAGAUGGAAGUGGCCAGCCUGCUUCUUCAGAAGAGAGCAGCUCCAGAUGCAGCUGGAAAGAGUGGGCUAACUCCACUGCAUGUAGCUGCUCACUACGAUAAUCAGAGAGUGGCUCUACUGCUUCUGGAUCAGGGAGCAUCUCCCCACGCCGCCGCCAAGAAUGGCUACACACCCCUCCACAUAGCUGCCAAGAAGAACCAGAUGGACAUAGGGACCACGCUACUUGAGUACGGGGCGGAUACCAACGCUGUGACCCGCCAGGGCAUCAGCCCUGUUCACCUGGCUGCACAGGAGGGCAGUGUGGACCUGGUCUCUCUGCUGCUCACCAAGAACGCCAAUGUCAACAUGGGCAACAAGAGCGGUCUCACACCUCUCCACUUAGCGGCGCAGGAGGACAAAGUCAACGUGGCAGAAGUCCUGCUCAACCAGGGCGCGGACAUCGACCCUGAGACAAAGAUGGGAUACACUCCGCUGCAUGUGGCUUGUCACUAUGGCAACGUCAAGAUGGCAAACUUCCUCAUACAGAACCAGGCCAGAGUUGAUGGCAAAACAAAGAACGGCUACACGCCCCUCCACCAGGCGGCGCAGCAGGGUCACACCCAAAUCAUCAACCUGCUGCUGCAGCACGGAGCCUCAGCCAAUCAGCUGACCGUGAACGGGAACACAGCCUUGUCCAUUGCCCGUCGCCUUGGUUACAUCUCUGUGGUGGACACUCUCAUGCCGCUGACUGAUGAGAAUCUGACCUCUGUGACUACGACAGAAAAACACAAAAUGAACGUCCCAGAGACCAUGAACGAGUUUCUGGACAUGUCUGAAGAUGAAGUUAAGGCUAAUGUGCCGGAAAUUCUCAAUGAGGACUGUAUUUCAGAUGUUGACGAAGGUGAGGAUGCAAUGACCGGCGACACUGACAAAUAUCUGCGGCCCCAGGACCUCAAGGAGCUGGGGGACGACUCUCUCCCACAGGAGGGCUACAUGGGGUUCAGCAUAGGAGUCCGCUCAGCAAGCCCUAGGAUCAGCCUCCGCUCCUUCAGUUCGGAUAGGUCCAACACCCUCAACCGCAGCUCCUACGCACGGGACAGCAUGAUGAUCGAGGAGAUCCUCGCCCCGACCAAGGACACACUUCAGAGUGUCUGUAAAGACCUUUCCUACUUGGUUGACCCUCUCAAUAAGCACCUGGCUAUAACCCGAAACUACGAUGCAGAGUGUCUGAGGCGCUACAGCUGGACCCCAGACACCAUGGACCACAGCAACACUGUGUCUAGCCCCAUUCACUCAGGCUUGUCCUCCCCGCUCCCUCAGUAUGACUCCAGAUUCCUGGUUAGCUUCAUGGUGGAUGCUCGUGGGGGGUCCAUGAGAGGAAGCCGAAGCAACGGCAUGCGUAUCAUCAUCCCGCCCCGGAAGUGCACGGCUCCCACCCGCAUCACCUGCCGCCUGGCCAAGAGGCACAAGCUAGCCUACCCCCCGCCCAUGGUGGAGGGAGAGGGCCUGGUCAGCCGGCUGGUGGAGGUCGGCCCCGCAGGAGCCCAGUUUCUGGGCCCUGUGAUCGUGGAGAUUCCUCAUUUUGGCUCCAUGAGGGGGAAGGAGAGGGAGCUGAUCGUACUCAGGAGCGACAACGGUGACACAUGGAAGGAACACCAGUACGACUGCCAUCCAAGUGACAUCACGGACAUUCUGAACGGGAUGGACGAAGAACUGGACAGCAAUGCUGAGCUGGAGAAGAAGCGGAUCUGUCGGAUCAUCACCAGGGACUUCCCCCAGUACUUUGCGGUGGUGUCCAGGAUCAAGCAGGAGAGUAACCACAUGGGUCCAGAGGGCGGGACUCUGUCCAGCCAGACAGUGCCCAUGGUCCAGGCCUCGUUCCCACAGGGAGCGCUCACCAAGAAGAUACGUGUUGGACUGCAGGCUCAGCCCGUCCCAGACGACAUGGUUAGGAAUCUCCUCGGCAACAGGGCCACCUUCAGCCCUAUCGUUACUGUGGAGCCCAGGAGGAGGAAGUUCCACAAGCCCAUUACCAUGACGAUCCCUGUCCCGCCCCGAUCUGCAGACGGCCACCCCAGUGGACAUAGGGGGGACUCCACCCCCUGCCUGCGCCUCCUCUGCAGCAUCACAGGUGGAACAUCUCCUGCCCAGUGGGAGGACAUCACAGGGACCACUCCCCUGUCCUUUGUCACAGACUGUGUUUCCUUCACGACAAAUGUGUCAGCCAGGUUCUGGCUUGCAGACUGUCACCAGACUCCUGAGACGGUCGGUCUGGCCUCUCAGCUAUACCGGGAGCUGAUCUGUGUGCCGUACCUGGCCAAGUUUGUGGUGUUUGCCAAGAUGAACGAUCCUGUGGAGUCACGCCUCCGCUGCUUCUGCAUGACGGACGACAAAGUGGACAAGACUCUGGAACAACAGGAGAACUUUGAAGAGGUGGCCAGGAGCAAGGACAUUGAGGUCUUGGAGGGCAAGCCUAUCCAUGUGGAUUGCUAUGGCAACUUAUCUCCUCUUACCAAGAGUGGGCAGCAGCUGAUCUUCAACUUCUUCUCUUUCAAAGAGAACCGGCUUCCUUUCAAUGUGAAGGUCAGAGACAUGGGCCAAGAACCAUGCGGUCGACUCUCAUUCUUGAAAGAGCCAAAAACCACUAAAGGUCUUCCACAGACUGCCAUAUGUAAUUUGAAUAUCACACUGCCAACUCAUAAUAAGGACAUGAUGGAGUCUGAUCCUGAUGAUGAGACUGAAAAACCAGACCGACGUCAUACAUUUGCCUCCUUAGCUUUGCGUAAGCGCUACAGCUAUCUGACCGACCCUGCAGCGAGUCCUCAGAGUCCCUGUGAGCGAACAGACCUGCGGAUGGCCAUCGUGGCCGACCACCUGGGACUUAGCUGGACUGAGCUGGCUCGGGAAAUGAACUUUUCUGUCGAUGAGAUCAACCACAUCCGAGUGGAGAACCCCAACUCCUUGACAGCUCAGAGCUUCAUGCUGCUAAAGAAAUGGGUCAGCCGGGACGGUAAAAACGCAACGACAGACGCCUUAACUGGAGUGCUGACCAAAGUCAAUCGGAUGGAUAUUGUGACUUUACUGGAGGGGCCGAUAUUUGACUAUGGUAACAUUUCAGGCACGAGAAGUUUUGCCGAUGAUAACGCUGUUUACCUGGAUCAGGCUGAUGGUUGGCACAGUGAGACAUCCAGCGUCAACGUGGAGCCGCCCACACCCGGCCGCAGUGUGAGCUCAGACCUGCUAGACCGCCAGGAAAAUAGCCAGGAGAACUCCAGUGACUCCAUCACCUCUUCCUCUAGAGGGGAGCCAGGGAGGUCCAGGCACAAUGGCGAUCACACGGAGCUACCACCUCAGGACGGGUCACUUCCUGUAUCGCAGGACUCAGCCAACGGAAGAACAGGACAUGGGAAGGAAGAAGGCACACUUGUGUUUGAGAAGAAAGUCCAGCGUUUUAGUGAGUCCGGCUCUGAUGAGGAACAAACCGUCACCACCAGGGUGUUUCGGCGCCGGGUCAUUCUUAAGGGAGAACAGGCGAAGAAUAUUCCUGGCGAAUCAGUGACAGAAGAGCAGUUUACUGAUGAAGACGGUAACAUCAUCACUAGAAAAGUCAUCAGAAAAGUCAUCAGGCGGGUGUCCAUGCCUGACGACCAGGGCAGGGACAGGGGGAGGUGGGACCGAGGAGACCAAUGGCCUUGCCCUUUCUUACUGGAGGAGGAGCUAGAGCAAGGAGAUGGAGCUAAAAGCAGGAGGAAGGAGGAGAGGAGGUCGGGAGAAAAGAAGCUUCACUCGUAGGGCUAGCUGUGCUCCACCAGGUGUGCAGGAAUUAUUCUCAUCCGUUUCCAGGGCAGAAAGUUACAAACAACUAGAAAACUAAAGGAAAAUAUGAAAUUUCAGCCAAUACUUCCAACACAUGGUUUUCAAGCGUGAAGAACUUGACCCGUCUGAUUUUAGCAUGAGCAUGAAAAACUCACUCCCUGUCAAUUGAGGGAUCUGGAAGGUUCUCGCCAUGGAAUCUGAAUUCUAAUUAUACUGCUUUCACUUCCUGUGGUCUAUGGACCAGAAUAAUUAUGUUUCCUGUUUGUGACUCGUAACGUGCCAUUGGUGUCGUGAGAGCUUUUGAGGAGCAUUGUGGUGACACCUAAAAAGGACUCCAUUACAGAAAAACUACAGGUGGUCAUGAGAAAAACCAUUGGUGUCGUGAGAGCUUUUGAGGAGCAUUGUGGUGAGACCGAAAAAGGACUCCUUUACAGAAAAACUACAGGUGCAACUGAACAUACACUUCCCUGUGACCAAAGAUGGCACAAAAGCUCAAUUCUAGUAGUAGGAGAAAGAAACUCAACAAAAUUACACAAAAACAAGAGGAACACUUCUGAUCCACCUCCAACACUCGCCUUAUAGUUUUUUCUUGGACCCAUAAAUGUCAGGUGGUAAAUUGCUGGGGGUUUUGUUUUCCUUUUUAAACCUGAAAAAAACAAGGCUUUUUUCUGUAUAGAAAUUACAAUCUGUACAAUUCUAAAAUGAUGAGUUACAGGAUGAUAAUGCAGAGGAGAGAACUUUACAAGUGCUUUCAACAUGAUUAUCAAAAUGGUUCCACUUUUUGGAAGAUUUGAGUGAACUUCACACGUUGUUGUAUAAUUAAUUAUUAUAGCAGGUAUAAUAUUUGUAUAUGAAACAAGUUGGUUCGAUUUUAACAGAGGACAUUUCCAGAAAAUCUUCUGCAAAUUUCAGUGAUUCCCAAAAUGGGGAUGUAUCUAAUUCUGCAAAAGCAGUCUUUCAGAGUACUCAUAUUUUCAUGCAUGCCUUUCACAUUAUUUUAAGUAAAAUUUGUACAAGUUUGCAAACACUGUAUUGAAAUUAGAAUUAAAACCCUUUAUCUGUGUACACAUAUAGCCCUAACAUUUGUCACCAGUUUUAUAUUUGAAAUGACAAAAAAAUUAAAUAAACAUAAAAGCAUUUAUUGUGUCUCGGACAAGGAACAGUAUGAAGAAAGUUUGUUCUAUAGCUUCUUGAGGGUUACCGUUUGUCUAUGUACAACUGAAGGGCAGCUUCUGCAGGCAUUAUCAUAAAUGCUAUGAGAAAGGAGUAAUCUGAAUGUAUAUGCUAGUAGACUGGCUCACUGUAAAAUUAUAAAUGUAUUGUGUGUAUUGGCUAUAAGGUGUAGAGGUCGCUGUACGCUGUAAGACGGUUUGUAAUCAUUUUAGCAGUGUGUCAAUUGGUUUUAUAAAGGCUGCUGUGGUUUUGAAGAAGAGGGGGUUUUGGGUUUUUGUGAAGUAUUUCCUUAAAUUUAAUCUAUUCACAUAAAGACACACAAUACAUUAUUUGAUUGUAGCUCUUAAUAGCAUAUGUAUGACAAAAACACUGGAUGGUCAAAACGAUUAUUUAAGCAUAAAAUAAAUUGUGUUGAACUCUGAAAUUGUGUGAUCUUUUUAGGCUUGAGAAUCUGUAUGCAGUGUCUAACUAGCAUUGUUUUGAUAGCUCAUUGGCGAUUACUUUGCAUUAGAUCUUCUCUUUGUAUUGGUUUGACUAGAGGCCCAUGUAGUUCAAGUGUGGUGUUAUUCUGGUGUGAAGGCUCAGACUUAGUGUGAUGAUGAUGUUUAUGCUGUGGACAUGACAACCAUGUAAAGGACUUUUUUUUUUUUUUUUUUUACAAGUGAAGCAAUUUAGGGUAUUGUAUCAUAUAUCCUAUCCUACAUGUCAAUCAAGGGGUAGAGGGUAAUUUGAUAUGGUUGAACUAUCAAUUUUGUCAAUUUUGUUUGAUAUGUGUUUUCACCUGUGCUAAUUUUUCGAUGUACAAUUCUUACUAACAGAGUGAAGCCAUUGAAAUGUAACUAUUCUAGCACUUUGGUUAUUCAAGGUCUUAUUUUAGAGGCUAUAGAAGCAAUGACGCCACCACAAUGUUUCAAGCGUCUUAAAAAAUGUAAUUUAAAAACAAAAUAAAUAAAAAUGCAUUGGUUUUGAAAUA